AUGGAAAAGAACAUCUGCUAUCGGCAACGAAGGAGAAAAGAAGUCGUCUACGACGAUUGCGUACUCGAGGACUCCUUGUCCCAAGGUGACUGGCACAUCGAGGAGGACCCAAACGUGGACUACGAGAUGCUGCUCAGAGGAUUACGAGCCUAUGCUGAACGUGCCUCGAAGCCGCGCACGACAAACUUGGAUCGAAUUUCGAAGACCACCAAGGAACUGUUGGAAAGAAGAAGGGCUUUGAGGCUUGAUCCGUAUGCAUCGCACAUUGAGCAAACACAGCUGUAG